AUUUACCUGCGUUAUCAUCUGUCCACAUAGAAAUUAAAAUAAAUGUUGCUGCAAAAAAUGUAGAAACUGAUAAAGAUAAAAAUCAUUCAAUUAAAUGUGACUUUGGACAAAUCGGAUCAAACCUAGGAUUCAUCGUAGACCAUUGUAUACGGCCAUACGCCAACUCCACUACUCCAGGAAGCAGUCAACGACUUAAGGGUUAG